UGACGAUGAGAAUCAUCCUCCAUUCUGUGUUACAUACCUUCUUGUUCUUUGGAGCAUUGCAUGCAAGCUCCUCUUCCUGCUUACCUGAGCAUCGCAGUCUUUGGACUCGCCCUUUGCUCUCCGUUUCCGAGCCUGUCCUGGUGAGCGCCCGAGCUCUAGGCAGUUGCGAGCCAACGUCGAACCCUUGGUCCAGUUCAUGAGAAACCGGAACCCCGAACCACAAAAAUAAUCGAAUACAAGCACAUCCAGUGAGCUUCAGCCGAACCCAGCACCACCAACCCUCGAAACCUCUUCGACCUUGCUACGAUUUCCAACAUCUGCCGCAGACGAGAGAAUAAGCAGCUGGGUUGAGAGCGUAUCUGUCGCAAACAUGUCCACCCGCAGCGAGGCUCCAUCCGACGAGAGCAUCCUCGGCGAGUCUACCUACGAGUUCAUCGAUACCGAUGAGGAGAGCCGUGACGAUAAUACUACGGAAUCCGUGGCCUCGACCGAUUUUGGACGUCCCGAUGAUAUUGCAAGCCUCGCAGAUACCGAACAAAGUGAGGAGGAGAGCGGAGAUGAAGACAACCAAGGGACAGAAUCGAUUCCGGCCUUGCCCCACCUCGAUCAUGCUGUCGAGCAAGCUUUCAACACGCCUACGAUAGGCCGUAGCUCUGCUAUCUUACUCGACGACAUCGAUAAGCCCCUUACCCAGUCCAUCGAAUUCGAGGAGCCUUUCAGCCUUGGUGCUGAGACAGUCUCCGUCAAACACACAGUGGCAGACUUCAACGAAGAGCAGACCGCCAAUACCGUUAAGGGAAUGAUGCUACAGAGCCCUCCAAAGCGUCUGGUUGCCACCAUCCGCCAGACUAUGACAAAACAAGGCCUAUCAACCCGGGACCCCCUCCGGAUCUUGUAUAUCGGAAGUCACUCGGCGAAGCAGGACAUCAUUCACAAGAUUGCGAGCUCCGUUACAGCAUCUGUCGAAAGUGGCAAGCGUGCCCACCAUCUUCGUCAUUCUACAUCUCAGCUCUAUAAUGUUGUUCCCGUGUCAGCGUUUGGCUCCGAGAGAACUCCCGAGAUUGAGCUGAUGCACUCUUCUGGAUAUCAGAUCAAGGUUGAGGAUUGCAUUUCUGCUGAGAACUUGAAGUUCGAGGACUCUCCCGAGAAACCAGACGUCAUCAAGUUGACCCUGGAUGGCAACUUUGCAUAUCAUUCGGUACCUGAAGCAGAGGGCUUCAUUGUGGAACCUCACUGGGAGUUGCCGCACGUAGCAAUUUUCUACUGCUCGGAUAGCGACGAUAUCGGGGCUCGACGAACAAGAACGAUUGCCAGAAAGUUUAUGGGCAGACAUAGCAUUCCUUCUAUUGUCAUUUCACACAAGCAACUCUUUGACCGAGGCAACUGUAUGUCCUUGGAUCAACACUCGAUUCAUAUGUGCUUGGAGUCGAGGGAUCCUAACGGAAGAGGAAACAUCAUCCACCAACGACUGCCUAUCGAUCUGGCGUCAUUUUUGAACAUCGAUGCACGACAGAUGAACAGGAACCUCGCAUACCUCACCGGACUCCACGAGCCAUUAGAUUCCCCAACUCCUCCAAUCGCGGCCAAGAAGGCAGAAGCUACUCUCACCAACCCUCAAGAUCUCGAAAAGACAUCAUAUAGCAUCAGUGAUAGUGUCAAUUUCAUCCGUAGCAGAAAUGGUGGAGCAGUGUGGAGAGCUGUUCUACCCGUUGGGGUCCUUCUUUUGAGCGUUUUUGCCGCAGUCUUGACAGGUAUUCCAAGCUAUCGCUUUUACCGUGUCUCAUCUGGACCUGCAAUUUCCGUCAACAGCAAGAUUAUGUCUGCCGUUUCGAUAUCUUCGACUGCCUCUCUCAUUCUAGCACCUCCAAUUCCAAGCAUUACCUCGACCCCCACUUCGAUCGCAGUUCAGACGUCAACUCGCACGAUCACUAUCACCGAAUCCCAGGCUCCAGGGCCGAAUAGCUUGUCAGUGCUACCAUCAAUGGAAAUUGGAAAGCUUUCACAAGCUGUUCAGAAUCUUGCAAAAUCGGUCAAUAAAUCCUCUGUUUGUGCUGCUGAGGUGCUCGGGGAUAGAGAAAUCUUGAUCCGCAUUCCAUCCGCCACAAAGCUCAGCUGGCUCACGAAGGAAGCAAUGUCUGUCAACAUCACCAGAGACAAUAUCACUGUUGAGACCGAGCGAGCUUACAGCUCUGACGAUGGUAUCGUGUUACUUUUACCCAAAAAGGAGGCCUAUGGCGUCCUCAAUAUCUCAAUCGUCACAACGAAGAAACCCAGAGUCAACGAGACUUUCCAAGUUGACUUUGGAACCACUGCCUCUCAGACAUGGCAAAGUCUUGUUAACAAGCUGUCCUCAUUCCUACCGGAAGACGCCAACCUUCUCGACCCUCAAGUAUUUGGUCAAAUGCUUGGAGCUGCCGAAAACAUGGCCGAAGAAGCACGCCUUCAUUCACAGUCCACCUUGUCCCGAAUAGAAGAAAUUUGGCGAGCGGCUAUGGAGCAAGCAGCAUCAGCCGGUACCAGCCUCACUGAACUGGCCAAGUCCGUGUCACUUGAGGCUGCCAAACGCAGUGCCAUCAUCUCGAAGGAACUAGGGAUUCAGCUUUCUGAAGCUGAAGCACAGAUCUCCAAGCGCAUGAACUCCCUCCAGCAUCUGCGAGAGCCGCUGGAUGAGGAGUUGACGAAGGCUCAGGUUCGAUCGAAGCUUCUUUGGUUAAAGCUUCAGGGCAAGGAGCAGGAGUACCGCGAAUAUCAACGACGUGCGGCCGAGGCAACUCGAAGUCGGGCGGAAGAAUCUCGAAAGAAUCGUAAGACUUGCGCCAACGAGAAGAAGAAGGCCAGUCGGGCAGCGAAGAAGGCCGCAAAGAAGGAAGCUCGUGCAACCAGAAAGACUGCGAAGAACGCACGGAAUUAAGCAUUUGAUUGGGAUGUUGGGAGUAAUGGCAUGCAUCCUUUUUGAUUUGACUGGUUCCGCUGGGAGUAUUUUCGUACUUUGAUUUUGGAGUUGCUUUGAUUGAGCGAGGUAUGGGGUUAGGUAUGGGCUGGUGAAGGCACUACGGUCUCGAGGCCUCCAUUCAGAGAUAGCCAUUGGCUGCGGCAACGAGAAUAUGGUGUCAGGGAAUACAUAGGUUUUCUUAGUUAUGCAACAUACCCUCGGAGGUGAUUUCAAGAACCCC